UACGCACUUAACAUUUAAUACUUAAAUACGAUAUUUUUAUUUGCCUCUAUACUAUCUAAUGUAUAUUAAUAAUUUCACAAUUUUUAUGUUUACGUAAGCUGAGAAUAAUAUAGUCAUAUUGUACGUUAAAAUUAAUUGUUGUCUAGUAAUUAAGUAUUAAUUAAUACUUAAACAACUAAAAACAAAAAUAAAUAUUUGAUAAAGCCGAUUGACUCAACGAUCAAUAUUCACAUCAACUAAAUACUAGAGAAUAAUAGGUGAUUAAUUGUCAUUAUAAUUAACUAUUAUUGCAUUAAGAUAUUAUAUAAAUUUCAAUUAAUAUUAUAUAUCAUAUUAAAAUACCGUUUUAUUUAUUUUCAAAGUUUGGAAUACAAGAUCUAAAUAUUUCAGUUGUUUUCAAAAUAUAAACAGUAUUCUAUCAUUUUAAAUUAUUAAUUGUUAGUUAUUCUUAUAGUACAUGUGUAACUCAAUAUGCAAAUGAAAAACAACAAAAAUAUCUGAAUCACAAUCAUCUCUAGCAUAGAAGCUAUCUCUAGCAUAUUAUCUUAACAUAUCAGAGUAUUUUAUCGAGAUUUUGAUUCCAUUAAAAAAAAUUAACAAAGAUUACAAAUAUAUAAAUAUAAUUAUACAUAUAGUUUCUCAUUUUUUUAUAUGCUCUCUUCGUACGUAUUGUUACAAUACGUUUGAAGUAAUUUCUUUAAUUUGUAUUUAUUAUUGAUUUAUCACAGUUAUGUAUGAGACGAUCCAGGAAAGCAAUAUUACGCAUUUUUAUAUUCCCAUCUAUAACAUGUUAUGCGAGGAAUAUCCUUUACUUUAGAAGCAUGCAUUGGACUGUUGAAACAUAGCUGCUAUGCGCGUGCGCGCUUCAAUAUCGCGGCUCCCCACCACUGGUGUGCCGUCCAAUUACUGUUGAGCCGGCUGUACGAAUCGAAUGCACGACGUUGGUAUAAAUACAGCCGCAGAAAGAAGCCUCCGCGCAAUUUUGUAUCGACUGUCGUUCCGUGACGUAUCGUUGACUCUACGAAAAUGGCUCGUACGAAGCAGACUGCUCGCAAAUCUACCGGAGGUAAAGCUCCCCGAAAACAACUGGCGACGAAAGCGGCUCGUAAGAGUGCACCUGCCACAGGUGGAGUGAAGAAGCCUCAUCGUUACAGACCAGGAACAGUAGCUCUUCGUGAAAUUCGUCGUUAUCAGAAGAGUACCGAAUUGCUGAUUCGCAAACUGCCGUUCCAACGUCUUGUUCGUGAAAUUGCUCAAGAUUUUAAGACUGACCUUCGUUUCCAAAGCUCUGCUGUUAUGGCAUUGCAGGAGGCUAGCGAAGCAUAUCUUGUUGGUCUAUUUGAAGAUACUAAUCUCUGCGCUAUUCAUGCCAAGCGAGUCACUAUCAUGCCUAAGGAUAUUCAACUGGCACGUCGUAUUCGUGGAGAACGAGCUUAAUUUAUAAAGAAAUUUAUAAAAAAACAUCGGCCCUUUUUAGGGCCACCAA